CUACCCUCUUUCUUUCCUCUUUUUCUUUCACUUUUGCCCUAAAGAAAAAAAGAAUGACAAAUUUCACCAAAAAACCCUAGAAUUUGUUCUUUGGGGAGUGCAUUUAUUUGUGAUAUAUAUAUGGCCGAAUCGGGGAAGAUAAACAAUAUUAAGUCAUAGAAAUCAUGACGGAGCUAUUCUAUUUAGAUCGGAAGCCAGUGGAGGAUCCAGAAAACCAAAGAGGAAGAUCAGAACAACAAUUGUUUUUAUACAAUAGAUCAACCAAUAACCAAGAGAUCUACUCCAAAGGCUUGCAGAUACGGCCACACUAUGCUCACAACCAUCAUCCUCCACAACAAAAUGUCGAGAAUUACAUUUCCUUUGGAGUCGAGCCUAGUCCAACGACAACGAACUUCAUGAUCAACGCCUCUGAUCAUGACUUUGUUUCAAGAUCAGGGUUUACGAUGAUGAGACAUGGAGGAGGAUCGGGAGGAGGUGGCGGUGGGAUCAAUUGUCAAGAUUGUGGCAAUCAAGCUAAGAAAGAUUGUUCCCACUUGAGAUGUAGAACUUGUUGUAAGAGCCGAGGGUUUCAUUGUCAAACUCAUGUCAAAAGUACUUGGGUUCCAGCUGCCAAACGUAGGGAACGCGAACAACAACGUCACCAACAAUUGAGAGCAGAUCAGUUGUCGGCUCAGACUAUUCACAAAAGUCAUAGAGAAAAUCAACCAUCUCUUACUCCUACUAUCACUUCAGGGUUAGAACUUGGAAAUUUUCAAAGUGAAUUCAAUUCGUCAGCUGUUUUUCGGUGCGUCAAAGUUAGUGCGAUUGACAAUGUAGAAGAAGAAUUAGCAUAUCAAACGACUGUGAACAUUGGUGGGCAUAUGUUUAAAGGAAUUCUUUACGACCAAGGUCCAGAAAGUAGUCAAAAUUUAAGCAACGGCGGUGACAGAGAAGACAGCGGGGAAGGGCUGGAUUUGGUGAUCGGAGCAUCGUCCAAUGGUGGUGGGAGAGUUAACCAAUCCGCCCCAUUUGUGGAGUCUUCGUUGUAUCCCAUCCAAAUCAACACAUUCAACAACGGUACUCAAUUUUUCACUUCGUCUAGAACAUAG